GACCUGGCGCAGGCCCCAGCUGAAGGAGUCCGACGGCAUGCAGCGCAGUCCCCAGCCAACCGUGGUAGGUGGACCACAACCGGCUGGCGACGGGGACAUUCGCCAGUACGUGGACGCCACAAAGAAUACCCUCAUGGAGGCCAUCCAGAGCAUCCAGACCUCGGUCGCCACCCUCGCUGGCACGGUGCAGACCUCCUGUGAGACCCUCGGCCAGCAGAUGGAACGUCGUCUGGCAUCAGUGGAGACCACGAGCAAAGCAGAGGGCCAACGCAUCACAGUCUUGGAGGAUAAGAUCACGCGGUUGGAGGAGUUGUUCGGCAUCAUGCAGUCCGAGCGCCCGUCCAUCCAGCCGAUCCCAGAUGCUGACUUCAUGCGCGAGCCUGACCCGACCAUCAUCGUGGCCAGGACGAAGAACAUGGUGCAGCAAAAUGAAGUCAAGAACACACUCGACGGAUGGUUCCAGCAGUUUCAGGUCCCGAACGAGGAGGUCCGCAUCGAGAGCGAUCCCUCCGACACCAAGUUCGUCAUCCGCUUCCUCGGCAACGCCAACCUCGCGGCCAAGCGAGUGGCGAAGGCGAUCUCUCUUCUCCGUGGGCGUGACGGGUCUUGGCAGAGGUUCACGGUCAGGGACCCCAUGGGCCACACCCAGGAGCUGUACCUGUCCCUGGACAAAAGCCCGUGCAUGGUCAAGACAGAGAUCUCGCUCAAACGUGCACGCAAAGUUUUGGAGUCGAUCUAUGGCGCUCACCCGCACAACAUUAAGUUCUUCACGGACAAAUCCCAGGGCACGAUCUCGGCGCAAUGGAAACAGUUGCUCAGGAUCUCAGUCAGCGGCCCAGGGGCGCAGCCCACGGUCGAGUAUGCUGACGACCACUUGCAAGAGCUUGGCAUGGUCAAGGAAGCCAUCAAGCCAAGAGUUGAUGCGGCGCUCUCGAACACCUCGCAGCCGACGCGGUG